GGAGGGGAAGUGAGAACUUGUUCUUGUUGUUGUAGUAGUUGUUGUUACAGACAGUUAUUGUUCUUCAUUUACACUGAUUGAUUAUUUCAUAUUGGCAGACAAAAUGAGCCCAUUGACUAAAAAAUUGUUUAAAAGAAUCAAUAAAGGAUAGAGUUGCCAGUUAUUGGAAAAUGAGAAGAAAAUACAGAUGUGAGACCUAGUGCUGGUUUGCCUAUCAUCAAUGUGUGCUGCUAAUCACUUUUUGGGAAGGAUGAACCGAAGACGAUCAUAUGGAAAAUUUGGCCCUCUAGUCGGAGCGAUUGAUGAAGGCACAAGCAGUGCUCGAUUCUUAGUUUUUGCUGCUCAGACAGCAGAAGUCUUGACAUAUCAUCAAGUCAGUGUGCCAUCAAUUUGCCCAAACGAAGGAUGGGUUGAGCAAGAUCCUCAAGUUCUUAUGAAUGCUGUUCUAGAAUGUGUUGAAAAGACAGUAGAGAAUUUGAAACAUCUGGAAAUUGACCCAAAUGAUAUUGUUGCAAUAGGUGUCAGUAAUCAAAGAGAAACAACGGUUGUUUGGGAUGUCAUUAGUGGAAAGCCUCUAUACAACGCAAUUGUUUGGCUGGAUAUGCGCACUUCAGAAACUGUUGACCGUCUGGUAAAAAAGGCACGCAAUCAUGAUCCAGAGUAUUUGAAGCCAUUAUGUGGCCUGCCCAUUAGUACUUAUUUCUCUGCUGUCAAGCUACGAUGGCUUCUUGAUAAUGUUAAAGAGGUUCAGGAGGCAGUAGCUGAUGGUCGUUGCCUGUUUGGUACCAUUGACAGUUGGAUAAUAUGGAAUCUCACUGGCCGGACAGAUGGUGGAUUACAUGUUACUGAAGUCACAAAUGCUUCACGAACAAUGUUAAUGAACAUCAAAACAUUAGACUGGGAUGAUGAUCUAUUGAACUUUUUUGAAAUACCAAAAGAAAUUCUCCCAGACAUUCAUAGUUCAUCUGAAGUUUAUGGAUACAUCACUGCAGGCUCAUUAAGUGGUGUUCCAAUAUCAGGAUGUUUAGGAGAUCAACAAGCAGCUUUAGUUGGCCAAAUGUGCUUUAAAAAAGGACAAGCUAAAAGCACUUAUGGAACCGGAUGUUUCCUUCUGUACAAUACUGGAAAUUCGGUUAUUCAAUCAAAACAUGGUUUGCUGACCACAGUAGCAUACAAACUAGGACGCAACAAGCCUCCAGUUUAUGCCUUGGAAGGAUCUGUUGCUGUUGCGGGGGCAGCCAUCAAGUGGCUUCAGGAAAAUUUAGGCUUAUUUGAUUCAAUGGAAGAAAUCAAGGAUUUGUCUAAUUACACUGGUCAAGUCGGUGAUGUUGUAUUUGUGCCUGCAUUUUCGGGGCUGUAUGCCCCUUAUUGGCGAAAAGAUGCUAGAAGUGUAAUUUGCGGAUUAUCUGAAGAGACUGAGAAAGGACAUUUAAUCAGAGCAGCUUUAGAGGCUGCAUGUUUCCAAACCCGUGAUAUAUUGGAUGCCAUGAAUGCGGACUGCCACAUUCCAUUGAGUCGUUUAUUAGUUGAUGGGGGUAUGACUGCUAACAACUACAUAAUGCAGCUUCAGGCAGAUCUCAGCGGAAUACCUGUUGUGCGUCCCCUGAUGACGGAAGCUACUGCCUUAGGUGCCGCAAUAGCAGCUGGUAUUGCUGAAGGAGUGGCAGUGUGGGAUUUAGAUAACACUGUUGAUGUUCCCUGUGAUAUUUUCUAUCCACGUAUGACGGAUAAUGAAAGAGAAAUUCUUCAUCUUAAAUGGAAGAAAGCUGUUGAUCGUAGUUUAGGCUGGGAUGUGGACCCAACAGAAGAACCUACAGAAGAUGCGCUUCCUGUGGCUUUGGCUUCAUUGCCCUCAGGCCUAGUCCACAUGUCAAGUGGAGAUAAACAUUCAUCAAUGGUGUCAACUAUUCCAGCUGGCAUCUUUCUUUUGACGACACUUGGUCUUUUAGUUUUUGCCCGGUGGCGAAGUGGUCAAGUGUAAGAACCUUAAGAAUCUAUCAGAGUACGAGUGAAGGAAACCAAAAUAGUAUGAUUAUAUCUGCUCUUGCCUUUCCCUUAAAGAAACAUGUACCAUAAUGCUACUUUUUUGGUUUAGUUGAAAACAUUGAAUUAGUUUUCCUCUACAAUGUGUAAAAAUAUUUUACCUUCAAUCUGAAACAACAUCCAUGUGUUCAUAAUUGAUAUUAGAAGUAUCAAACUAUUAUUUUACAUCUGGGAAUUUCUCCUCUUUCCAUGUGAUUUGUUCUUUUAGUCAUUUUUGUAGUCAGUUUUUUGUUUGCUUGUGAUAUUAUUGAAUAUGUGUCAUCUAUUAUCAUCACACUACAAUAUGUAAAUGAACAAAUUCAGCUGAAGAGCUUUUCCACAUAACUAGUCAUAAGUAACCGCUCAACUUUUGUUUUCUAGUUUUUAUCAUGGGAAUGCAGGUACCUUUUAUUGGGUCUGUUAUUUAUCUUCUCAUGGACCAGAAUUCUCUUCUAGUCAGUAGAUUUAAGGAUCUUUUUCAGUCAGAUUCAGUCAGCAUUGUUGUUAAAAGCAGCUAAGGCUGUUGCUUGUUGUUGCAUUGCUUGAUGUUUUAUGAUUCCCUGAUGAAAGCAGCUUGAAAUAAACAAAAACCAAAGCUAAA